AUGGUGGGCGGCCCCAGCAAGGGCACGCGCUUCAGGCCCCUCUCGAUGGAAGGCUUCCCCAAGCCUCUCUUCCCAGUCGGUGGCAAGCCCAUGGUCUACCACCACAUCAAGGCCUGCUGCGAAAUCGAAGGCAUGAAGGAGAUCUUCCUGCUGGGCUACAAUGAAGAGAAGGAAUUUCAGGAUUUCCUGCAGCAAAUGGAAAAGAAAUUCAACAUCAAGAUCAGCUACCUGCACGAGGAGACCGAGCUGGGCACGGCGGGCGGCCUGUACAAGUUCAGGGAGCAGAUACUCGCCGAUGGACCCGAGUCCAUCUUCGUCCUCCACUGCGACAUCGCGUGCCCCUUCCCGCUCAAGGAGAUGCUCGCCUUCCACCGCGAGAAGGUGCGCGAGCUGGGCAUCGUAGGCACCCUCCUCGGUUCCAAGGUCAACCCCGAGUACUCCCACCACUACGGCUGUCUGGUGGAGGACGACCAGCACAGGCUGCAGCACUACGCCGAGAAGCCGUCGACGCACGUGAGCGACCUCAUCAACAGCGGCGUGUACUGCUUCUCGCCCAAGAUCUUCGACACCAUCAAGGACACCGCCGCCCGCCUUCAAUCGGAGAACAGCGACCUCCCCGCCUACCUUGCUGAGGCCUUGGUGAGCAUACGAUCGGGCGCUUACCUCCCGAACGUGGCCAACAAACUUUUUAGGAGCAACGUGUGGCGAGUCAACAAGGAGUCGGUGCGGCUCGAGCAGGACAUCCUCAUCCCACUCUCCGACAAGUCGCAGUUCUGCGUCUUUGCCAACAACUCCUUCUGGCGCCAGAUCAAGAACGCUGGGGCGCCCGUCUAUUGUAACGAGCUCUACCUGGACCUGUUCGCCAAGACCAACCCCUCGGUGCUCGCGCCCAAGGCGCCCAACAUCCGCGGUAACGUGAUCAUCCACAAGACCGCCCAAGUCCACCCCACCGCCCUCCUCACCUGCGCUGGCCGCCUGCAACAGCUCGGACCCAACGUGACUGUGGGCAAGAACGUGAAGAUCGGCCCGGGUGUCCGCAUCUCGCACUCGAUCAUCCUCGAUGACGCCGAGAUCAAGGACCGCGCGUGCGUGUCGUGGAGCAUCAUCGGGUGGAACAGCAUCGUAGGUCCGUGGUCCCGCGUGGAGGGCAUCACCAACCCAACGCCCGACAUGUACGUCAACAAGAUCCGGAAGGGCAUCUGCAUCGUUGGGCGAGACUCGGUGAUAGCACCGGAGUUGAUCAUUCUGAACUGCAUCGUGAUGCCCCACAAGACGCUCACCUCCAGCUACACCCACGAGAUCGUACUGUAG